AUGGUAACAAUAGCAUCUGAAAAUCCCCUCAGUUCUUCAGCGGGCCAUGGCUACAGCGCCCAGUGCUUCCAGGGAAGGGUGGUGUGGUGUACGGACGAGGCAGAGAUGGAGGCAGCCGUCUACAGGCAGCGAGGCUCUGCAGGCGGAGCUGGAGACAAGCUGCGCUCCGUACUGGGAGGGUUAAUGGUAUCAGCACUCUUCUUUAGCGUCAGUAAAGCACCCCAUGGCCACUUCCUGGUUAAUUCCAAAGCGGUCAUGCGUGACAGGCUGGACCAUUGGACACUGCGGGACGGGGUACGCGUCCCCGUCCUCGCCCGGAUGACGGUGUGCGUGGACGUGCGCGUGCUCACGCCGGGCGAGUGGAUGGCCUUCAGCUACACGUCGCGGCGCUGGUGGUCCUAUGACCUGGCACUGCAGGGCGACGACAGGGCGCUGUACGUCUGGUUCCUGGGCGUGCGCCGUCGCGUCCGCGUCCAUUUGUCUCUGCUUUCCUGGCACCGCCUGUGUUUGCAGUGCGACUCCCUGCGCGACUCCUUCAGCCUGGAGGUGAACGGCAGCAUCGGCGCCACGGAGACCACGGUGAUGGCCGGGGCGAUGCCGGCCGGCGGGGACCUGCUGCUGGGCUGGCCGCCAUGGGAGGCCCCGCCCGGGGGCAGGCUGGCCGGCGUGGAGCUGUACAUGUUCCGCAUGUGGGGUGAUGUGAGGCCACACGCGCCCUGCGAGGAUGGCACAGUGGCUGGCUGGGACUCGCGCUUGUGGAGCGUCUCGCGGCCGCGGGCCAUGGCGCGGGACGACACGCUGCAGUGCGACAUGCCCAACCUCUUAGUCCACGCACGGAUCAAACGCUCCAGCGUCUCACUCGGCACAGAGGCCAAUACCACCUCAGCUGCUACUGUCAAUGGCAGAGCUCCCAGCACAUCUUCCUCUCCACCUACCCCUGCUGCACCUGAAACUGCGGCUCCCACUACAACUACCCCUCCACCCACUGCCUCCACCCCCCCCUUCACCCCAGUGUUGUCCACCGUGACAAUCUCGGAUCUAACAAGUUCAGCUCCAACCAGUCACAGCGGUGCAAACUCUCGGGCCGUGCAGCCAGCCUCCUCUUUGCUGGCCCAAGCCACCGGAUUCCUGCAGGCAGUUGCAUCUAGUGCCUUAUCCACAGAGUCAGCGGUGAUGGUGAAAUGUGACUUUUCCCAGUUCUGCGACAGCACAACAUCCCACUACUGGAUGGUGGUGAGUGUUGAGGUGUUGCCAGGAAACAGGAAGACCGUGCAGGAUGUCCAAGCCUGGUUCUCAGAUGUGUUCAGCGAGUGUGGUCUCAGUGAAACACCAACGCCAGACGCAUAUUCAAAUGAGACUUCUGGAACAUCAGCGGCUCCUGGCUCGUGCCAAAAUAACUCCACAGGCAAAUCCCAGAUCAUAAAAGUGGAUUGCGAAGUUAAGGAAGAUUUCACCAAGACGAACUGCACCGUGCUUGUCGGGCGGAGCCAGGAGACAGACACAUGCUCCAUCAGUCAGCUCCUCCAGGAGAGCAGAGACCACUCCUUAUCCGCCCAGCUGCUGGGUAACGUGCGCAGAGUGGGACUGGACCCCUGCCUAGAUGACCUGGUGCUGCCCCCUGGAGAUGGCUUUGUGCACUGCAACUCUUCUGUGCCGUACCAGGACGUGUGCGUUGCGGAGGCGCCCAUCAACAUCACCUGCUCGUAUCAGAAGAGUUUCCUCCCACAAGGACUGGCUGACGGGUCGGUGCCGUCCUGCAAUGGUCAGGAGCAGCAGUACUGUCACUGUGACGCUUUCUGUCAAGACCCAGGAGCAUUUUAUGCCUUUAACCUGAACAUCAUCAAGCCUGAUGCUACUUUCUCAGACAUCACGAACAUUAUCACACAGCUGGAUUCUCCCUGUAAUUCCACCAUCGUUCCAGAGUCUCUAUGUAAUAAUAUUUCCACGGUAUUCAAUUGCUAUCAGGGGGUCCACAUACAGUGUUAUGGCAACGGAACCAGGCUGUACAACUGUAUGGUGGCUCUCCAGUUGAAUCAGCCCGUGGAUACAUGCACUGUGAGCAGGGCACUGGUACCCCUGCUUUCCCCCAGGUCCUCUGUCUCUUAUGAUGGUGUCCUCACUAGGAUCGCUCUGUGUGGUUCGCGCAAAAUCUCUGUGGCUGAUCUCUUCAACUCCACCUUUACUUGGGUGAGGGCAGAUCUUGGUGCACAACAAAUCUGCCAACAUUCAAAUUUCCUGGAUUUCAGAGAGUUUACAUGUGGCGAGGGUCAGGUGUUAUCUGUGCUUCUAAAUGAGAUCUGUACUGCCUGGCCUUUCCCGACUGGACCUGACCCAAACCAAACCACACCCUUCAAUAAUUCAGAACCCAGGACAGCUACUCCCAGCCAGGCCACCGUAGCACUGGUCACCAGCUCUCCUUCAGAGCAUAGCAGCUCACUACGGAGUGACACGUUUAGUCCUGUAGUAAAACCUUUCAAUACGACAGUUACAGCACCCAUUUCCAGAGAACCUCCAGUCAGUAGCACUCCCGUGUUAUACAAUACCACAGUUACGUUAGCCAACAUUACAGAUACUACAGGGGCUCCACUCGGUAUCCCCUACACACCGCUGAACAUAUCACUCAACACAACUGUCCUGCAGAUCCAUUCCACAGAACUGCCCAACUCCACACAUGCCCUGAGAGAAUUACAACUAGUCUCUGCACCAUUUACAACACCACAGCCAAAUGUUACACAAAAAAACACCACCUUUUUUUCACUGUUAACUGCAGACUUUAACAAAACCACUUCUGAACUGAAGACAGCACUGUUUAAUACAACUCCACAAAAUACAUUAUAUAUCAAUAUAACAACUUCAUUAAAUACAUUGAACAUUACUAUAGCAAAUACAGCAGAUGCAAACAUCACCACAUCAGCGUUUUACACAACAAGCCCCAUAAGAGAUGAAACUCUAAACACCACAACGAAUCAACUGAACGUGACAGACCUUAACAUGACAACUGAAAUGAAUGACUCAGGAAACUCCACAAGAAACCCAACAGAACCCUGUACACAAACUGCUCAAACAAACAUCACACAGUUUAACGCCUUGGAAGUUACACUCAAUGUUACGAAUCCCAACAUGACCAGUUUCACACAAAACACCACACAUGAAAACACAACUUCAUUGCCGUUAAACAUAACAGAAUUUAAUACAAGAUUCAUUCCACUGAACACAACACUGAUCAAUACCACAGUGUCUCCAAACAACACUGGACCUUCCAGCUCAAAUGUCACACUUAACACUACAGAAUUCAAUACCACAACUCCAGUGACUACCACAACAUUCAUAAACACAACAUUUCCUCCCACAAAAUCAAUUAAUUUGACCUCAGAAUCCUUCAGCACAAACUACACAGGCAGAGCUCUUAACACAUCACAGGUGCAAAACUGUACAUCAGACAAGAGUUUGGUUCAAAAUAUUACAUCAAAUACCACCACAGAAAACAUGACCAACUCUGUCAAUACCACCGCACAGGAAGGAUCUCUCCCAUUUAACAUGACAUCAAGACCUCUGACCACCAGAGCAAACACUAACAAUAGCACCACAGCCGCUGUGUUCAAUAGUACCACUUCCAGAUCAGAGAAUCAGCUUGGCACUUCCAGAAAAACUCAGACAAACCCUCAGACCACUGUGGCCAACAGUACAGUGCCAACAACAGCAAGCACUAAGGCGCCCUCUAGUGGCAGUCGCACAGUGCACAGUACAGCCACUGCCGCAAGCACUAUCCCAGCAACCAUGACAACCUUGAGCCUGGACCUCACAGUUGAAAAGCUUCUGAACGAGUCUCAGAAUGUGAAGGCCCUGAACUCCUCCAAGGUAGUGCAGAUGGUUAGAGACAUGGAGGACCUACUAUCUCCACCCAACAUCAGUGUCUCCUUGGCCAGAAAAAUUCUGUCCAUCAUCAACAACCUGCUGAACUGCUCCACAAGCAUUCUGGCCUCCUCCUCCAACCGCUUGAUCAAGGUUGUGGAUACUCUGGGACAGAAGCUGGUUCUUCAGGACACAACAGAGACUAUUUCUUUGGCGUCAGUUUCCCUGGUGGUGACAAAAAUCGAUGGGACCAACUUUCCUGGAAUGUCCUUCUCAAUGACGGAUAAUCCUAACCUAGUGGUCAAAGGUAAGACAAGGCGGUCCGUGCUGAGUUCUGUACCCCAGGCUUUUGUCACCCUCCCUGCCUCUAUCAUUGACAACAUCUCCCCGGACACUCGGCCUCGCGCCUCCAGGGUUUUCUUCACCUUCUUCCAGAAGGGCACCCUGUUCAAUGACAUCAACAACAGCCAGCAGUUGAACACUCCUGUUGUGGGUGCGAGUGUGUCCAACCUGUCCAUCACAGGGCUGCGGGACAACGUGAACAUCACUCUGACCAACAGGGAGGGUGUAACAGGAAACCUGACCUGUGAUUUCUGGGAUUUUGGACGGAAUGGUGGAUUAGGAGGCUGGAACACGGGUGGCUGCUUUGUGGUCCAGAAUGCCAGCACGAAAAACGUGACCGUGUGCAGCUGCGACCAUCUGACCAGCUUCGCUGUGCUAAUGGACAUCUCCAGGAAUGGGAUAACAGACCGCAUGCAGGACAUUAUCCUCACGUGCAUCACGUACAUUGGCUGCGGUAUAUCCGCCAUCUUUCUUUCCAUCACUCUGCUCACCUAUCUUUCCUUUGACAAAAUCCGCAGGGACACUCCGUCCAAGCUCCUGAUCAACUUGUGCUUUGCCCUGCUGCUGCUGAACCUGGUCUACCUGCUGGACGCCUGGCUCGCCCUGUACCCGCGCGCUGUGGGCCUCUGCAUCGCCACUGCUCUCUUCCUGCACUACUUCUUGCUGGCCUCCUUCACGUGGAUGGGUCUGGAGGCCCUGCACCUCUACCUGGCCAUCGUCAAGGUCUUCAACAACUCCACGCCCCGAUACAUGCUCAAGUUUGCGCUGAUUGGAUGGGGUAUACCAUUACUGGUGGUCAUCAUUGUGAUUGCGGUAAACAAGGACAACUAUGGCCCCAUCACCUACGGGAAGUUUUCUGAUAACACCACAGAUGAUUUCUGCUGGCUGAAGAACGACAUCGCCUUCUACGUGGCGGUGGUUGCCUACUUCUGCGUGAUCUUUGUGUCCAACCUGGUCACGUUUGUAAUGGUCAUGGUGCAGCUAAGACGCAUCAAACGGAAGAACCCACACAACAACCAGUACCGCAGUGGCGUGCAGGAGCUGCGCAGUGUGGCCGGGCUCACCGUGCUGCUGGGCCUCACCUGGGGUUUCGCCUUCUUUGCCUGGGGACCUGUCAACCUGGCCUUCAUGUAUCUCUUCUGCAUCUUCAACUCCCUGCAGGGAUUUUUCAUCUUUGUGUUCCACUGUGCCAUGAAAGAGAAUGUGCGGAAACAAUGGCGCACAUACCUGUGCUGUGGCAGGUUCAGACUAGCCGAAAACUCAGACUGGAGUCGCACACAUACUAAGAAGACCUCCUUGCCCACAACGAGCUAUACACACCAUUCUCAAACCCAGAACUCAUCUAGCACUGCCUCCCUCACCACUGGCAGGUCACUGUCCAGCGUCCACUAACUUUCUCAUUGAGGAGAACUUGUUCUCAAUGUGUUCCGCAGUAAAGCUCACCACAGACUGGAUCACUGUACAGACCGGACUGCUGUGGUCCCGUAAAAAGUAGCGAAUGGACAGUUUCAGGCACGUACAUCUGCAUUCCAGGCCCAGUUACAAAGGGCUUUGCCAAAACAGCUUGAAAAGCUGAUGAAUGAAAUCAAGGAGAUGUGUGAGAGAAAGAUGAUAUGAGGCUGCAUUCCUGUCACAGCACACGAGGGUGUAAGAACAGGAAGCCU